GUCCAGAUGAUCUGUAUUAUGAUUGUAGACAGAACAACGCUGUUGAAUUCAUGAAGAAUAUCUUCGAUUUGGAUGAAUAUUCAAGUCGUCAUGUAGACCCGUUAAUACCUCAAGCUGAUAGAGUAAUACAACGAGGGGAAUUAAGAGGCUUCUUAGAAGAUUUCAAAAGAGCUGCCUUACUUGAGCGUUAUGGAAGAACUCGCGAGGUGAAUCAUGCUGCCAUAGAGAACACGGGCAUUGCGGCAUUGCAUGCUCUAUCAAAAAUCCUACUUGAUCAUGCCAGCUUUGAGCAUUAUGGCGAUUCAAGCUAUCUUACGACGGCAGAUGCUACUUUCAUAGGGAUAGCAUUGCCAGCUUGUGUG